GAUCACUACUUACACUUACAACACGACUCUACUCUACUCGCUAUAUCAGGGUGACAGGGUGUAGAACUUGGCUCCGCUAUGUGAUUGCAACUCAGUUUAUCAGACAUACGGUCUGUUAUUAGUGCAUUAUAGGCACAAUACGGGUUUCAUGAUUUUAUAGGGGCAGUGGAAAUGAUUCAAAACGCGAGUCUUUGCAGUGGUGUUAAAAUAUGACAGAAGAUCUAGUCGUGCGAAACGAAAUUCGCCACCGUUUUACACCUAGACCUAUAUUGUCUCUGUCGAGUGCAGUUCUAGAACGAUUACAUAGGUUUAGCAAUGUACCUAUGACAUUGGACGUUAAUUCGACGAGUUAAUGCGGUUUUUCGUGAUGGUGGAACAUUUAGCGAUGCUAUGGAUAAGAUAGCUGCUAAUGAAAGUGGACGGUAUUACUGGAGGACAAUCAAUCAGUGCACAAGAAGGUGAAGGAUGAGUGGUAGUGGUAGUAUUUUGACUAACGGAGGAGGUCUGGAAGCUUUAUUGAAGGCAGCGAAAUUUGUUGAAGAGCAGGAAAAACAAAAGCUCAGAAGACAAUCGGUUACGCCGAGAUUCAGUGAAGAAUCAAAUGAGCUGAAAGAAGUACCAGUUCAUAAUGGAGUUCACCCUCAAAUCAAUUCCAGCCGGAUCCCUACUCCUCCCAAUCUGCCAAAACAUGGGUCAGUCAUUAGAGAGGUUCACAACAAGUUGGAGAAGAACCGCAGAGCUCACCUCAAGGAAUGCUUCGAGACUCUCAAGAAGCAACUCCCUCCCUCACCCGACGAGAAAAAAACUUCCAAUCUUAGCAUUCUACACAAUGCCAUUAGAUACAUCGCUGUUCUGAAGAGGAAGGAGAGGGAGUUUGAGCAUGAGAUGGAGAGAUUAGCUCGGGAGAAGAUCGCUUAUCAGCAGAAACUAGCGACCCUCAAAAAGGAACUGACAGCUCAGUGGGAGCACAUUGAUCUCAACACACUCCUGCCUGAGGUGGUGGAACCUGAGCCUAGGAGAGCUAGUGAACUGAUGAACAGUCGGAUGACGGAGACAGGCAGUGAAGAUGAGUUGGUGAGAACCAGCACCAUGUACAGUAGCACUUCGUCUCUGUCUAGUGCUUCUCCCCUCCACUCCGCAGUCCCUGAGAUGCAAUCUCAUGUUCAUCACCCACAGGUGAUGAACAGUCCAGGACCUCCAAACCUCCUGAUGAGUCCUAUCCAGCAACUACUGCCUUCCACCACCAUCCGUAUGCUGCCAGCUGACACCCACUUUGUACAUUCUCACAUCCCCACUACCGGUAUCACAAUACAAAAUGGAGUGAUAAACCACAGCACAGUAACUCUGGCUGCCAAACACUCUGUCAGUUCAGAAAGCAGUAGUGGUACACUGGUAGCUCCAGGCAUCCUGAACCAUUCCCUGGUCAUGCCCCAGUCCAGUGGUUCAUUCCUCUUGGCUGCACCAACCCACCUGAGUGACAAGGUGAUGGCAGCUCCUAUACUCAAGAGCAUCAGUCAAGUCCCCCCAGUGAUACAACCACAGUUUCUGGUAAAGCCUACCAUGGUCGUAGUAAGCGCUGCUACCAAUACUCCAAAGUGAUAUCACCGAACGUGUGCGGAUUCCAAAUAUUUAUAUCGUCUUAUUUAUUAAACGUGGAGAGUCUUAUGUAAAUACCGACUCAUAGAGUUUUUAAGUGUAUCAAAAUCUAGAUUUGAGAAUAUUUUAAAAUGUUUUACCAGUUAUUAUUGUUGUUGAUCGUAUCGUUAAGUGACACGUUCCCUUUUGUCCCGUUUUCUGCAAGAUCGAGACAGGAGGGAUCAAGUCUUAUCUUUUUAUUACCCGUCCAAAUAUUUUAUUUUUUACUUUCGCUGUUCUAAACAGUUAUAAGUCUGAAAUUUUACCUUAGGUAUUUGUAUAUUUGAAUUCGUAAAUAAUUUAAUGUGUAUUACUUUAAGUAACGGACGGAUCGGUCAGUCGGUGGAGAGAAGAGUCUUGUGCAAUAACAGUAACGUAAUUUGUAAUGUACAUAGUCGUUCUGUGUCGCGUAGCCUGAUAGGACAAUCACAGCGCCGCCUUACACGUCGUUUCAUGUUUGCUCAAUUUCUACUUCAUUUUCACAAUAUUAAUGCAAUAAAACAUUCAUCAUCCUACCGAUUGUUUAGGUCAAUAUUGACUAUCGGGUUCGUGGAGGAAUUAACGGAGGACCCUGUAAAAUUGAAAUUAGUUACCACAGUAAAACUGAAUGAUAAUAGAACAAUUUACUCUCGCUCUUUUAGGCAAAACAGGGAAGUGUUUACAUGUAUUUGUUUUGUUGUGAUUGUGUUGUAUUGUAGAUGGUUGAUUCUCAAGUCCAAUUAUUUUAAAAUUAGAAAUGGAAUUGAGAAUAAAUUUCCUUAAGUUAGGUCUGUUACCUCACCGCAAACAGUCACUAUGUUAAUUCGUUCUGUUGGAUCAAAUCUAAAUAACCCUUAGAACUAUGUUUAUGAAUCAGAAUGUUUUAAAAUGUUUAAUUAUUUAUAUUAAUUCUGAUUUAGCCUUUACGUUAAGAUUGUUAUUCCCUAGAACCUUUGUAUAACACAUUUAAAAAAUAUUAAUCAUUUAAUAUAUGUAAACAUUUAUUUUUUAUUUUAUUUAUAAACUGCUAGUGUAAAACACUACUAAUACAAUUUAGUUAUGUGUAUUAAUGGUUGGAUUUUAAAAAUUCAGUCAAGUCUAUUGUAUAUGUCAAACAUAAAAAAUCUAGUAUUAGUUAAACGCUACCAUUAUACAUUUGAUUUCUUUCUUUGUCUUCUCUCUGAUGUAAUUGAAUAUUGUUGACUUUUCCCCCAAUUCUCUAAAAAAAUAUUGUUUUUAAGCCCAUCAGAAAGUUGAUUAAGUCUUCUAUAGUUUACUAACAGUAAAAAUAAAUUAUUUGAGGUACUAAACUAUCUCUAGGCCUAUGCCAGCCAGUAUCCAAAAACUUAUGUCAGUGGUGGUUUUUAUCCCAUUAAUCAAAUAAUUAUGUAUGUUAUGUAUGUUAUGUAUGACAAUUUUUCCGUAAACUUUAUGCCUUAGCUAUUAGAAGAAUGUCAUAAUAAAUACAGCUUUAAGGACAUUUAAAUAAGGUAAUAUAUUAGUCUAAAUUGUAGUCUAAAAAUAGCUUAACCAUGGCAACUUCUUGGAAAUUAACUCAUAAACCCAAUUAGUAUUAAGUGUUCUUUUGAGUUUGUGGCAAUGUGUCUUUUGUAAACAUAUUUCAAACUGUUUGGUUUGUUCAAUUCCACCCUCAAUAUUAACUUGAACUAUCACUUUGUAUGGUAAAAAUUAAAAACUGUAUUCCAUCCAUAAAUAAGCCAGCUAAAACAGGAAACUUAUAAGUCUUCCAACUAGUACAAUCUGCACACUGUCCCUCAUAAUAUUUAGUUUUAUAGAACGAUUUAUUAUUAUUGUAAUAAUUUUUUUACUCUGCAUAAUUUUGUUCGCCUAAAGACAAAUCAAAAUCUUAAACUGAUAAAAGACAAAUUUACAUCCUUUGUAGGCUCAUAAUUCAAAUAUUCAAAUGAAUUAUUUUAUCUUAUAAACAUGAUAGAUUUGCUUUGUUACUUUUUAAGUGUUCGAGUGCUUGUUAUUAUUCAGGAUGAUUGGAGUUAAAUUUUGACGCACAUCACUAAACAUGACACAUACGCACAUCUUGCCUUUACAACUGCGCACAUUUAGAAGAGGCUUAAUAGAUUUGGGUCAUUUGGGGUAUUGUACCAUGCUUGAUGGCAAAACAAUAAAAUCAGACGCAUGUAUGAGUUACUACAAAUUACUAUUUAUUGAAAACCUUGAACAUUAAUUAAUCAAGCUCUAUAAUGUAUAGUUAUUUGUGCUACUAGUGAGCAAAGGGAGCAAUUGACUCACUCGAGAGAAAUACUCACGAGCCGUUGGCGAGUGAGGAAUAAUUUAUCGAGUGAGGCAAUUGCACUUUGCACUCGAGUUGCACAUUAUAUUUUUCCUACAGUUACCAUAAAACAAAUAAAUUAGUAGAGAAACGUGACAUAUUUUUACACAGAAGUGAACUUGUAAUAUUACAUUUAAUGAUACAAGAGUACAACCAGCUGACCAGUUGAUUUACAACCAGUGCUGCCAACGUAUUUCGCGCGCAUAAGACCUUGUCUGCAUGUUACGCGCUCACUAUUUCGUGCCUUCACGUUGCAAAUCUGGAGUGAGUGAGACAAAGUAAUAUAGAGUGAGACAAUGUUAACAUUGUCUCACUGAUGAGCGAAUUGGCCACUUUGCUUUCUUAAAUCAGUGAGAGAACAUGUACAUUGUUAGGUAACUGUAUGAAAAAAAUAUUCAACUAAUCAAAAUGUAAUGAAGCAUUUUUAAUACUCAAGCCUACAGCAUUUUCCACCAUUAUUGGCCAUCUUAAUUAUGUAUAUGUAACUCUCACUAAUGCUAAAUAAACAAAAUCUCAUUCAUUUUGUAAACGUAGGACGAAUAUACCAAUAGAAGAGAAAUAGUUGUGAAAUGGCACUCUGUAAUUGUAACCCAAAUUUCCUGGUCAACUUGGUAUUUUAGGUGAUCACAAUUAUUUUAGCCCUCCGAGUGUCCCUAGUUUUGGCCUUAAUGUCUGCCUAUUUUUUGCGCAUUUGCAAGGUUUUAUUAAAACGGAUCUGAGAAGCUUAAAAACCAUGUUAAUUAUACUGUUCUAUAUACCAUUUUGUUUGGAAAAUCAUGGGCUUAAAUAUUAUACAUAAAACAUAAGGAACAUUUGUUAAAAAAAAAAAAAAUUUAGGUAAAAAAAUAUAUUUUGGAAAAUUAAAAAAAAAAAAUAAGUUUGCGCUCAAUGAAAUUGUAUAAAUUAUAGGCCUAUAAAUAUUUGAAAAUAGCCACUUUGUUCUAAAUUUUAUGAGGAUUCCAAAAAUAUAGUAAUAUAAGGAAGUAGAUUUGCAAAUAAAUAAGUUAUGGGCAAAAAACAGAUUUCGGUACAUAGCGUUUAGCUAAGAAUGCAUAGCCUAACCAUAGCUAGGAAUCUGGGUGAUAAUUUACAUCAAUAUCACUACCUACUUCUUCAGGAUCAUCAACCAGCCCUUCAAAAUCACUUAAAUCUUCUUCUUAUAAUGCACCACGUAUAUCACCACUUUUGAUUUUUAACACUAAAACAAUGAUAAACGUAAUAAAACACAUCAGUCAUCGGUGCGAGGUUAACCAAGCUGUUUACGCACGUCAGCUGUCUGCUACAAUUAAGAUCGGCUCGAGAGAAAAAAGCGCUUAGUCUGCCAAAUAAAACGAUAUCUAACUCGAUCCAGUUCAAUCCGAUUUUGUCAGUCAUAGAGCCUUCGCCGUAAACAGUGUUUGUGAGUCGAAAAAUCGACACAAAACACUAAGAGGGUUAAGUUGCUCCAUUACUGGAACAAAACAGCUUCUGCUCGAUCGAUCAGUUUUAAUGCUUUUUAAACUGAAUGAACACACCAUCAGUUGAUUUCAUUUGUAACCACACAUUCGUAUUGUUUUAUCUAUUCUUUCUCUAUGGUUGGAAUUCUUUUGUCUUCAUUUAGAACUUAAGCUCAAUGUUAAACGUUUAUACACAUGAUCCAGUAAAUGAAGCACCAUUGAAGCUAAUUUGUUUGCUCACUGUAUUAGAACAUAUAGUUCCCACGGAUCUGUAAAGUCAGGGAAACAUGUGUAGGGCCAGUGAAAGUUUUUAAAACAGACCGCAACUCAGGGUAAAUUUUUGAAAGUAAUGUCAAGGCAGGGAAAUUUCAUAAAACUUAAAUGGAUUGUGUUAAUUUUUUUAAUGAUUUGUUAUGUAGAAAUGAGAUAAUCGCUGCAGAGAUUACUUAAGUUCUGAAAAAUAUAUGCCGUGGGCAGCAAGGGAUUCACUAUAUAUUUUAUUGUGGGAACCCUGUAGAUAUGAUAUUUCAAAACUGUCAUGAAAAACAGAAUCAGUAAGCCCUAUAAAUGUUAUACUCCGAACUGACAUUUAUUCCUGUAUGUUGUUUUAAUCGUAAGAAAAUUCAAAAGACACAUUGCUCAAACUUCUCAGUUCUCACCAUAUGUUAUGUAUCCUUUGCUUUUAACUUGCACUGUUUUAUUUGUUGUUUAUUAAUUUUAUUUACGGCAUCUAUUGGCCUAUGUAUAUUGAACCUAAUUAUAAUCCAUGGAAAAGGGGUAAAUUACUUUAAGACUUAAUUUUGUUUAACAGUGUGGCUAUGUCCUAAAGUGGUUCUAAGAAUUAAUUUAUGUUCAUCAUUGUUCACUAAGAAAUCAUACAAAAUCAGAAUAUUUGACAAAAACCCAUAAAGAUUGUUACUCUGUAAGACAUCUAAGUAAAUAUUGUAUUUGAUUUAUUUGUUAAGUUAGGACUGGAUCUAAAGACGGAUAAAAAAGUUGGAGUGGGUUAGGAGCAGAGAUUUUUACAUACGAUAACAAUAUUGAGUGGUUGUUUGUAAAUGUAUUUUGUUGCUGUUUGGUUUUUCAGUAAAUUUCCCAUAUAGGGAAUAAGCAAUUACUGUAGCUCUCAUGGUAAGACCUGGACCCGGACCGAUUUGCAGAGGCCAAAAACAUCAUCCGAAAUUCAAACAGAGGUUCAUAGUCUGGUUGUGGAGUUUGUUGUCUUCAUUGCAAUAGAGACAAGAUUCCCAAGCUUGAAUCUUUUUUCUCAUUGUGUACGCCAUUGUGGUUCUAGCAGUUUCUAGAACCUUGAGUGAUAUGCUACACAAACCUUCAUUCACGUUAUGCAGCCUGUGUCCACGACGCCUUCAUGUCCCUCAGUCUCGAUGAUGGCUGUGUUUCCGAGUUGCCAUAGUAGAACGUAGUACCAGAUAUCAUCAUCGGUGAAACAACCGAGAAGCACUAGACCACUAGCAACCCACCAACCUCCUCUUCAAUAUAAUUUUUCAUUUGUUGGAAUCUGGUUAUGUAUCCCAUAACCUCUGGAUCAUUUGAGCAAAAGACAAAGCACUUGAACUGGAAACUCCACCAUCUGUCUGGCAGAAUCAAGAAUUUUGCAUAUUGGACAUCGUACAAAGAUGGGUGCUUCCUUUUUUUACUGGGAGAAAAGUUAACUAACAUGGUCCUGACAAAGGAGGGGGUUGUCUGCCCCUUCUGUGCCAAUACCACGUUAGUUUAGUUCCAAUUCUACGUUAUUCAGUGACGAACAAACGUUGAUGAUUUUCUCAGCCAAAACUCUAGAUUGUGUUUGCUCGCCUACGGCUCGUGAGUAAGGAUUUCUCUCGAGUGAGUCAAUUGCUUAAUUUGCUCACUAGUUGCACAAAUAACUAUUUAACUAAUCUUUCAGUGUCAAUAAAGUAAUUAAUAACUAUCCAACAACGCUUCAAUAUACUAAAUUAUUUGUUUUUUUAACUUUAAGAAAUAGUUUGGAAAGAAAUUGUAAAUAUUUGAAGGUAAAAUGCAAGAAAACCUAUUGUUACCCCCAUUAACCCUACCCAUGGUAGUCUAGAAAACGAGGCCUACGCUAAUACAAUAUUCCCCGUAUGAGAAAUCAGCUAAAAAGUAAAUUUCAGAACCAAUUCCGAACCCUAAUAUGAAUAAUUUAAAUUUUACUUGAAAACUCAAAAUCUUUAGACCCAGUCCUGCUUCUAGCUAAAAGUUGUACUAAUCAUAAGAUCACCUGUGUACCAAUCAAUGUGUUUUAUUAUUUAUUUGUCUCAUCCUUAAUUUAUAAAUGCUUCCUUGAAAUGCCUACGAACAGCACCUAAACCGAGAGCCUUGAGGUCAAAAAUAGAUUUAUUGUUCCGAGCAAUGCCUUUUCUGUGCUCAAGUAGACGAAGGUGGAAAACCUAUCUUUCUCUCUUCCUCAUUGUACAAGUCGGUGUGUUAUAGCUUGCAAAAAUGGGGCAUGCAUGGAAUAUAUGUAUUUAUUUAUAUCAUAAAUACAAUUAAUAGUAUUAACUUUAUUUAUGAAUUGGAGUUUAAAACAUAGUCGAUGUAUACAUUAUUUCAAACUAUUUUGUAAUGAUAAUAGAGAUUGUAAAUUUUAAUGUUUUAAUUUAAUAAAUGUCAAAUAAAUUUAUUUUAGUAAUAA